CGGGAGUUACGUUCAAAUAAGACAGGCUAUCCGACGCAAGGCUUUUCCAUAAGCAGUUUCCCUUGUUUCAACGGUGCAUUUGGUUGUGAACACGGACUAUGGAUCUACUGUGUCGCUGCUUUCGUCGUAAAGAAAAAACUGCCACCACAAAAGGACACAAGCUGCCGGUCAGUCAGAAAUUUUGUUACGGCGUUGGACACAUUUUGAAUGACCUCGCUGCAAAUGCAUGGUUCAGCUACUUGAUUAUCUACCUUACUAAAGUGGCUCGCCUGUCGAAUAGCCAUACGGGACUGGUAGCUAUGCUAGGACAAGUUACAGAUGGGAUUUGUACACCAAUCACUGCAAUAUUAAACGAUAAAACAGUAUGUCGUUACGGACGAAGAAAAAUCUGGCAUCUCAUCGGCACGAUAUGUGUCAGUAUAACCUUUCCACUGUUAUUCACUCGCUUACUUGGGGAUGGAGUAAGCGCCUCACUCAAGCUGGCCUAUUAUAUUAGCAUAGCUGCGGUGUUUCAGUUUGGCUGGGGAUGCGUGCAAAUUAGCCAUCUUUCGUUGAUUCCAGAGAUUGCUAUUAGAGAAUCGGAGAAAGUUGAACUAAAUGCAAUAAGGUAAGAAGUGGUUUUCCGUUUGAAACAAUACCCUGUGUUGUGCAAUAUUUAUUUAUCUUCAAACAGAUUUAGCUGAAUAAAUUUGAAUGUUGUUAACUGCUGCUUUAAUUAAAUUUGGUACAUUGGAUUUAUCAGUUAAUUGACUUUUGCAAUAAAUCCAUUACUGUUUUAAAAUUUCGCCCAUCUUUCGACCCCUUUUGUUAGGCGGGCACUGACUUUUUAACCCAUACUGACUUUGAAAGGUGUAUUUCGAUGACAUUCUGUAAUAUCAACAUAACAUUACGAAACAAUACAAAAACGUGCACUUUCAGUUUGGAUCUUAAGGCUAAAAAUUCCUAUUGUCAUGUACUCGCUGUGUACUUUAGAAGACAAAGGAAACAGGACUAAGAAUAUAAAGAGGAAAGGGUUUUUUUCUUCAACUGCCGCAUAUCCUAUAUAGUUUGUUGUAGAAAACUAGCGAACCAUGACUAAGAGCAACGCAGAACAAAGUCCGUGUGAUUGCUUUCACUCAGCGAGAUUGAAAUCGAAGUAUUUUGUACCUAUGUGGUCCUAAUGCGUCAUUUAGGUUUCCCUUUAUUUUUCAGUUUCGAAAUAAUUGCAAACGUUGUUUGUUGAACUUGAAGCGCAGGGUCUGGAUGGGGUUCUGAUCUAUAUCGCGCCUCAAGCUACUCUAUAUCGUUCGUUAUAUUUGCAAUUCUUCGUUCUAAAGAGACUGAAAAAAAAAAAAUAAAAAAAAUAAACAAAAAGACGUAAAGGAAACAGGAAACCCACUAUGAUUAAGAAAUUUGACGGACGCCUAACGAGGAUAAAUUUUCUAAACUCUCCUUCUACUUUGCUAAUGUUUUUUUUACGUUAAAACGUGAAAGCGACCGAAACUCCUUAGUUACGUCAAAGUCAUCUCGCGCUGUCGUGCACUAUGCUGACAGUGUAAUUAUUAAUUAAUGACCGAUAGUUAGCCAUACGGCUACAAAUACAUUUAUGCUUGUACGUAUUCAUUUCAUUAAAAAAGGUCAAGUCCCAAGGGUCUCCCAAUCAUUCGUAAAAAUUCUCGCUUAUUGAAAUCAUCCAAUGACUAAUUCAGGGGAUGAUUCAGUCUUCCUAUUCUCUGUCAGUUCGUUGUUUCCCCUCUUAUCCCUAGACCCCCAAUUUAUGGCGGGAUAAUUUAUCACUCUAGAUAUCCUAUAAUGUUACCAUUCAAUUUUAAGCCUCUUUUGCGUAAAUAUUUUUAAAAGUGGUAUUAAUUUUCUCUGGAUUUUUUGGGGAAUUUUUGCUUUGACCAACUUUUAGGAGUGAAAAGGUUAUGUUUACAGGAAACUUGGUGAUCAAAGUACAUGAAACCAAAAGAAAUCGUGACUUCUUCCCAACAAGUCGUUUCCAAAAAAUCAGUUUGGGGGUAAAAUUACAUCGGGUAGUUUCCGUUUCGAUAGGCAUACGAUGCAAAAUUUCCUUGGACGGACAUCCUUGAAUUUCCUCGGUGAACUUGGUCUCUUGAACCCUGAUACAUGAUUCCUAAGACGCCUCAGAAAAAAAAAAAAUAGUUUUGGAAAAAAUGUAUAUAAACGAGUAAAAUUCAGGUUUUUGAGUCUGAAACUCACAGUAGUCAGAGAAACCAUGUAUUAGGAUCAGUUGUUACACUUUGGAUAUCCGGGCUACGUGAGAGCUUAGAAAACUCUCCAUGGGAGAUAAACUACCUUGCAAGGGCAGAACGGACACGGAUCCGUCACGCGAUUUGGACAGCAUUUUGGACGUGUAGGACUGCAUGUAUGUGAAUUUGAUAUAUCUGAUGAAAAACUGUUGAUUUUAUGUUGGGGAUUAUUUUAGACUGAAGUAAGUGAAAGAAAUUAUUAUGGCUGGAAGCGCAGCACUCUAAUGAUCAGAACUUUAGCCUAUCAAUCUGCGUAUCAUUCUCUCAGUUGUAGUUUUGGGUGUGCAUUUCUUGUGACCUUUACGGAAGUUGUGGACCACCAUGCAUGAGUCAGCUUUGCCAAGACUCUCACACGUGCGCGAAAAUAUGCAUAGUAACGUCAAAUUCGGAAUUUCGUAGUGAUUCGGCAGUAAUCGGAUUACUUGUGGGGGAUGCGCCCUGGGUGUCGAAUUGCACUAUGGGGCUUUUUAAGGGGGCGGGGGUUGAGUUUAGACCAAUUUUUGUUUUAGUCUCGUAAAAGCCGACCCUCAAAACAGUCCCAUAAUGCAGCUCGACACAAAAAAAAUCCAGUUUCACGUGCAAAUUGAAGGAUUAACCUUUAGCAGCUUUAGCCCUUUGUUGUAACCAACAUCGAAAUAUGAGAAAGAUCCUAAAAUUGAUUUACUGAAAACUGAUGAAAAUCUAAUACACCCUGUAGUAACAUAUUGCGUAUUUUUGAGGUUUGAAGCCACAUGGUGGUGACACGCGGCUUGAAAGCCAAUGGCUACUAUGGUCAAUGUACACUCAUUUGCAGCAGUUGUUUGUUUUCAUUUCUGAUUAUAUUCCAUACAGUUCAUCUCCUCUUAAGAGUUGUAUCAUAUUGUGUUAUUUCUACAAGAUCACCUGUAAAUACUGCAAGAAUGAAGACAUAAGAAAGAUGAAGUUAAAGUUGAAAGUACUUUUUAGCAGCUUUCAUUUAAAUGGUCAGCUGAAUGGUCAGAUCUCAUCCACAAUUCUAAAAGUUGGAACUGCAUAUCAUACGUAUAUCAUGUCCUCUGCGGUAUAUCGGACACUGGGAGUUAAAAAUUUGUAAAUAACAGAAGAGGGUAAAGUGCAUGAAAGCGAAAGAAAGCGUUUAGCAUGAAUUUUAUUUAAUCGAUUAUACAUUAACAUCGUUUUAUCAUAAAGAAAGGUGAUUGCCCCAGCGUAUUUAUUUGUUUUUUUUUUUUCACUCUGCCCCGAUAGCACAAAAAACAAUCUUAGGGCCUGUUUACACGGAGUGGGGGACCCCGGUCUAGUGGGGUUGGUUCUUUAGUUUUCACGCUCUGGGGGACACAAAACAAAAGAAACCUACCCCGCUAGACCGGGGUCCCCCACUCCAUGUAAACAGGAUCUUAGAAAAGCGGCAGUUAAAGGGGCUGUAUGACACUAUUUGCUUUUUUUUUGAAAAGCUAAUACAGUGAAACCUCUAUUAAGCGGACACCUUUGGGACCUUCCCAAGUGUCCGCUUAAUGGAGAUUGUAAAAAUUACGCAGUGUUUGUUAAUGAUUAGCAUUCAACGGUUACUCUGUACUGUGACUAAGUUCCAUGUUGUUAAGGAAGCUAAGGAAGCUGUGCUGUACUUUGUGCAAGACUUUUAGGUGAACUUUUGACAGCUAAAUGUAUUUAUUCACCUUUCUUAAUCGACUAAAGUACGUAUUUCAUGGACGUAAUCCAAUAUUACUAUUGUCAAUUCAGUCUGGUGUCCGCUUAAUAGAGGUUUUAGCGAAAUACAACUCAUUUUAGUGUCCCCGUCCGCUCAAUAGGGGUUCAUUAUAAAGGGAAAUAUCAGACGUUAAUUUCGGGACCCCGCUCAGUGUCCGCUUAAUUGGGGGUCCGCUUAAUAGAGGUUUCAGUUUAUAAAAAUGCUUCUUCUUAUCGACUGAAUUCCGAAAAAUACUAGUCUAGUUUUGGUUUUUAACACUUAAUUUAAGCACCAUUGAAACUGUUUCUACUGAUGGCGAGGAGGGACAUGGAUCGAAGCUCAACUUUAUGCCCCCGUAUGGACUUGUUUGAUAUCUUCUUCAUGAGCAUUUUUUGUUUGGGUUAACGCACUAAUUAACCCUUUAAGUCCCAUUAUAUCCACAUACAAAUUCUCCAAACUGAUCUUUAUAUAUUUCCUUAAAGAAUGAGUUGAGAGAAUUUGAUAAAAGAUCAAAGCAAAGCAGUAGGUGUUCAUUUUAUCAAUUCUCACAACCAAAUCUCUUGACAAUGUAUGGAUAUCGUUAAGAGAAAAUUGGUUUUGGUCACUAUUGGGACUUAACGGGUUAAUGACUUCGGCACAGAAUUGGCCUAAAACAGCAAUACCCUUGUGACGUGUAUAGACCUUUUAAUUCCCCUUGCCUGAAUAGCCCAAAUGAAGUGUAGAUGUUUAGUUAACGCUCCCUGUCUUGCAGAAAAUUUCCCUCAGCUCCCUAAAUGACGCCUGUUGUGGAGGUUAUUUUCUCCUAUGGAAAAGUUUGCCCCAAGAACUGGCUAAAGUAGAAUCUUUUCCCUGACUAAUGCAGAGAGCAAACUAAAGGAUAGUUCAACCAAAUAUGUUUUCGACAUAACCAGUUCCCAUACGGAAGGAGGAGGGCUUUAUUGAGCGGUUUUCGUUGUUUAGAAAAAAGGUCAUGUUCUACGCUGCACUUAAUAACUGAAAAUACCUUUUCCUACCUCAUUUGUUAACAGAUCAGCUUUGCGUUUCGUCUGCGGAAUUUUUGUUUUUGCCGUGACAUGGAUUCUGCUGGGAAGAAGCUCGGAAGCGAAUAUCUCGUCUACAAUGUGGAAGCAAUUUAUGGUAAGUUACUUUCACAAUUUCUUGGUCACUCUACCCUGCAAAAACAGGUGUCUCUUCUCUCUUCUCUUCGCUAGGGAUAUUUUUACCGGCGAGAGGCGCGGAGAAACGGUUAUAUUUUUGCAGGCUACGGUCAUUCUGAAACCUCACUGUUCAGCCAAACCUUUCCCCGCCAAACCAAGAGGGGAGAGGAUAAUUAACUAUUAUUCCACGAGUGCGCGUUGGAUAUGAGUUGGCUAUAAUCAUGUCAUACCCAACAAGCGUUGUGGAAUAAUGUUUUAUUAAAAACACCCACAAAAUAUCUAGAAUUCUUCCUGACUUUAUUUGUAAAAACAACCGAUUUUCAGCUUGUUUUUUAAUUUUGAGCACACGCGUACAGUUACCAGAUUUAAAGAGCAUGGUAAAAUGGCUUAUAUACCAUGAUGGCUAAGCCAAUCAGAGCUCUAGAAUUGUAUUAUCCAAUUAUUCAGUUUUGAUCCGACCCAUCUUAAACUGGCGAACGUUCAUGUUAUCACGUCCUCUAAUCUCUGAAAGGACUCGCGAGGGUCGAGAGUGCGACGAGGACCACGAAUGCACAACAGAGACCUUUAGAUUCUAAAACAAGCGCGUGAACCAGCGUCAUUGGCGGAAAAACGUAAUAGCGGAGCCGUCGUCAUUAUACUGCGGGUUUUAGCUAGAAUGUCGUAAAAGAGGAAACAAGUUAUCAACUGUUAGAAGUAUUAUCAUUUUGGGAUCUGGAGAAGGCUUAAGCCUCCAAUAAAAAUAUCAAUGCAAACUUUUCCGGUGAAAAAAAUUAUAAUAAAGCUUUCCAGGGUAUCUGUUUUUUGAGAAUAUACAUUUAAGCGAAAAAACUUUAAGUUAAAUCUCGUUCUCGAAACUACUGACUGAAGGUCUCUUGCGCUAACUAAGUAUUAAAGAGUGCUCCAAGCUCAGCUUCGCAGCUAACCUUACCAUGCGUCCAUGAAAUGAUUUUUUUCCGUUUCUUUUUUAGUAUCUUGGUUUCAUAGUUGUUGGCACGGGCACAGUAUUUAACGUCAUUUUCCAUGUUGGCAUCAAAGAACCUCCUUCCGACGCUUUACUUCGCUGGCUUGAGGGACGAAAAAAUGGAAAACACAAAAACAGCAAAUUUGGUCGGAAUAACAGCCAACGAAAAGGUAAACACUUCGCUUUUGAAUUAACAAGGUUUACUCGAAAGUCUUCUACAGCAGUUGAAAUUGUUUUAAUAAAAUCUUUUCCGCAAAUUUGAUUCACGAUGAAGCAUUCUUUUCCGAGAUCCUAACGGAAAACUGCUGUGUCACCGCGGACUUUGACACCGAAAUAUAGACGCGUGUUUGCUCCCGUGUUUUUUGAAUAAUCUUAGGUACUAGGCCGGUUUUUAUUAAUGGCCACAGCGCUUAAUUAGUUUUAGUAAGAUUUAGGGAAAAGAAGUCUUCAAAAAGAGAGGAAACGAUAAAUUUAAUUUGUCAAAUUUUGGCUGUACUGGACAGUCCUUAUAUUUAAGAUUCCGUUAUGUACCAAGCUGUCUUGACGUCUCAGAUGCCUUCAGAAACCAUAAUAAAAUGUUUUUUCAUGUGAGGUAGUUGCGUAAAAGAUGCAGUGAUCGAAAGGCAGAGAACUAAGUAGAAAACAUUAUUGUUGAUUUUCCUGUAGCCUUACUGACGAGGGUUGUGUACCAGCCCCCCUCGGUCAAUAGGAGAAGUGGAGCAUCGCCUGCUGUUGUCAUGACGAUACGUGAGAAUGAGGAAAAGGAGAUUGCUAGUUAUGGUGGCGUGGCUGCAGCGCCGGAGUCUCAGUCUCAGACGAGUGUUGAUUGUGAAAGAACUCAGCAAAUUUCUCAUGAAAUUAUCGACAGAGGUCCUCUUCAUAACGGCGAGAAAACCAAAAAACAAUGGCUCUGUAGUCCUGAUUUGUAUAAGGUUUGUAAUUAAUUAUACUUUUUGAAGCUCUAAGCAAAUUAAAGCAUAUAAAGAGAACGCUGGAGAACGCUGACAUUCCAUUUGGCAUAAAUACUGAGCAACUGGAAGUGUGGUAUUCCGCUUGAUGAAUCGCUUUCUUAGGCCUAGGCCUAGGCCAAACGUCGAACUUUUCACGAGACGAACCAAAUCGUCUUAUUUGGGUUGACCUAAAUUGGUGUCAAUCACUGAGACACUGGUGUCCCCGAUUUGUAGGCUACUUGUAGCCAGCUAGAAGAUUUUGACACAAUAAUGGGGUUGUUCAUUCAUUCAUUCACCUAAAUUAAGUUAAGAUCGUCUGUUGGGUCAGACAUUGAACUUAAGACGCGUCAAACCAAUCAACUGAAUCAGAUCAGUAAUAAAGUUUCUCGCGAACGAGGCUAAAUAUACAUUAUCAUACAAAUUUUUAAUUCAUUAGUGUAGUUCGUCGCGUGUUAAGAUCGACGUUUGUCCCGAAGACGAUCUUUAGACGGUCUAUCCGUCUGAAGCAGACGUCGAACGUUUCAUGAACUUCACUUACUAAAACUGUGAAAGGUUUGAACCCAGGAGUCAUUUCAAAAGUAGGUUGAGUUUGAUCGUCCGGGUGAACGUAGUCCUGAAUAGGACUGUUGUUGUUGACAGUGACUGACGUUUCCACAACCCGUGCGGUAGUCAUCUUCAGAGUCAAAGAUGACUACCGCACAGGUUGUUGAAACGUCAGUCACUGUCAACAACAACAGUCCUAUUCAGGACUACGUUCACCCGGACGAUCAAACUCAACCUACUUUUUUAACUUACUAAGUUUGGUUCGUCUCAUGAAAAGUUCGACUUUUGGCCCAUUACUACCUGAAACAUAGAAUUUCGCUUAAUACUUAUUAAACAGAGGGGAUCUAGGGAUCUAGGACAGCCGACGUUUCUCUUACAAUCCUUCGAGUUAUCCCAACGACACCCAGAAAGCACUUUCGCAAAGCAUUGUGGUUAUUCAAAAUCGGACCAUCUGGGGGUAAGACGAGUUAUCCCAGCAAGCACACGUUCGCCUAACAAUGCGGUUAAUGCUUCAAGUUCGUUCCUCGAGGAUCCGCCGGCGCGGUGCCCGCCUUUAUGUUACGUUUGUUAGACAUUUCCUGUAACGUUAAAAAGAAGUAAGAGGCUCGCAAUCUAGGGAGGUCCAACUGGUAUUCAUUAUUCAAGAUAUUUUACUGCUAAUAACGUUUUAUCCUUCCUCGCCGUUACACAUCACUUCUUGGAGGCGCACUGGUACAGUGGUUAGUGCUUUGGACUUCGUAUCGAGAGGUACGGGUUCAGACCCUGUCAGGUUCAUUGUGGAUUGUGUUCUUGGGCAAGACAUUUUACUCUCACAGUGCUUGACACUCCACCUAGGGGUGUAAUUGGGUACCAGUGAAGUUAAUGCAUGGGGUGGCCAUGCGAUGGGCUCGUAUCCUGUCCAAGGGGUAAUAGAAAUACACCUAGUCGUUCUAGUUCCUGUUAAAUAAAAACUGAGUUAAGCUUCGACCUAAAGAACCACUUAGCACGAAUGACGACUUGACCCGGCUUCACUGAGCUCGGUAGAUGUUUAACGUCAUGGCAUCAUCAUACUUCCACUAUGACUCUCUUGUAAAGGAAGAAGCAUUGUAGCAUUGUAUGGAGGCCUAAUGCUUAGCUGUGCUAAGAAAACAGUCAAUAACUUGCCCCUUGCAGGUAACUUUAAACUAUAUCAGAAGAUUAAACUAGGCAUCUCCUGAACCAAAUCGAGAUCCACCCUUAAACAUGGCUAGUAAACACAUGAUUAGAGAUACUUUUCUUACCUUGCUGGGCUUCAUUUUACUAUUUUUUAGGACAGUUCCUCUAAUUACCUAUUUAUUUUUUUGUGGCUCACGACUUUUUGUUGCCAAAAAGCAGGCUAAAGUUUGAAUGAACGUUUGUUUUUGUUUUUCCAGGUUGGCGUUGUCUACAUUUGUACUCGUUUGUAUGUAAACGUGUCGCAGUCAUAUUUACCUCUCUACUUAACAGAGACGAUGCGAUUUGAGAAGGUAGGACUAUAGAAGUUAUUCGUUUUUCCUAUGUCAUUAUGUCGUUAUAUUAUUGAAUGUAUUGGCAAAAUUUAAAUUCCCCUCAAAGUAGCAUUAAAUAGUAAUGUGUCUGAUAAAAGCAGGAAUUUGGCUAACAGGUAAAUUAUCUAAAAUAAUAGUAGCGAUGUCAUGAUGACGUCAUUUAUUAUGAAAAAUUACCAUCCGCCAUCUUGGAUUAACCAUUUUUAAUUAAUUAAAACUAUUUAUUUUGCUUAAAACCCGUAUAAAUCGUGGAAAUAUAAUAAAAAAAUUUGAUUUGUGUAUAAAAGGAUGCUUAGGUAGCAAAAAAAAUCUGCAAGUUAUGAAAGCGAGAAUUUGAAAACAUAGCUGUCAAAACUUUAACGUUACGUCAACGAUGAAGGACACGUCUCGACGACUUUAAAAUGUUACCUGAUAAAUUUAAGGAAAAGUCGCUAAUGGCCUCUUCACAUGGCCUGUUUUACCGGGCUGGCCCGGUUACCGCGACGAAUUUUGCCUUUGGUUCAUAUAAGAAUUGUGAGCCCCGUUUCCAUGAUGAGAAAAGGCCCAAGAUCCCGAGAACGACCUGUGCCUCGAAAUUCGAGAAACAAAGCAAACAUGGUUAACAGAAAGUUUCUUUCGCGCCUAUCAUAGCUUUGGAAACUGUUAUAGCUGUGGAAGUACAGCAGACAAAUCCAUCAAGGCAUACGCUAUUGCGAAGAAUUCAUCCCACUUACAUCCCAUGUUCUUAAGGCAAACUGAUUUUCCAGCCCGCUUACGGAGAUCCCGGUUGGAAGAACCGAGAUCUCGGCAACCGAGCUAGGCCGCCCUCUCAUACGAACGCAUCGAAAAUUUUUCAAAGGAUUUAGAGAUAAGGCGAGUUCUCAGAAACUGGGUCAGCCCGCCAUCCAGGCUUAUCGGAUCUAAGCUUGGUGUUUUUCUCAACUCACAGGAAUCUAUUGCAUAUUUUCCUUUGGUCGUGUUGGUAACAGGAGUUUUAGCCAGCACUGUUGUCAAGCCUUUGAACAAACGCUUUGGAAGCAAGGUUGGUUAACAAGAAUAUUAGCCCCUUAUCAACAUAAUCUCCACAUUCUUUUCCCAAUUAGUUUCUGAUUGCACCAAUAAAGAGAAUUUGCUUGAUAAUCAAGACCUUUAUAAUGGGGUGACCAUAUCCGUCAUUCUCUUGACCUUAUUUAUGAUUAAUUUAUGACACUUUUCAGAUCACAUUCUGCCUUGGUGCUGUUAUGGCAAUCGGUGCUAGUUUCUGGUUCUUUGUUCAAAAUGUUAGUGGCAGACAGGCUGUGUACGCGACUUCUAUACUUAUGGGCAGCGGAGGUUCUGUGAUGCUGGUUACUUCACUUUCUUGGAUAGCGCAGCUCAUCGGACACGAUAAGGUAAACAGUCUAAAUAUAAAGCGUUUUCACUUGACGUCACGGCGGCCACAGUAGUGGUCCAAAACAAUAAAACGAUGGCCAUAUUUGUUUUCCAAAACAAAUCCUGCAUGUGGAAGUUGAACUCUUUUCUUAUGUAGACGCUAUGUAAACGUUUUCCUUUGUUUCAAUAAAUUUGCAUAGAUGUUGGCCUCGUGAGUGAAAAUUCUUUAUACUUCUAUGAAAUUUUGUAUAUUUGACAGCUUCCUAAUACAGUAUAUGUGGGGAGUAGCGCACUGAUAAGCAAAUGAUUUUUCAUGAGUAACAACCAGUUUAUGCUGCACAUUGAGCGAUUUUUUUUUCUUUUCAGAGUUCCGGUGCAUUCGUGUAUGGUUUUAUUGGCUUCUUUGAUAAAGUCUUCAGUGGAGCCAUUUUUAAAAUCAUCCAAGAUUUGAAUCCAGAAGACGAACAGAGGUGAGCUUUCUUGGAUUCAUGAAGUAUUUCGAAAAUUUCUUUUUUGGCUUAUUUCUUGUUUGAAUUUGUCUUGUUUGGUUAAAGGAGCUGUGUCACGAAUUUUAUCUAAAUUCUAACAGUAGGUUCUGCUACCAAAUUAAGUGAAACAAAACAGAAGGUCAAAAUAUUAAAAAAAGGUAUUAACAAAAUAGCAAAUACAAAAGUAGGAACGGAUGGACAAACUUGAAGAAGAUUAAUUUAAGACGGGAUUGAAAUUUUAGGUUUUUGAAAACUUGUUUGCUCAAGAGUCAUAUUUUUUUCAAAGCUCAUUUUCGUUGUUUGUAACGUUUGAUAUAAUUGUCAAGGGAAGUAUAUUUGUUCGUCAAGAAGCUGUGAUUUGUCGUUUACAAGUAAUUUCUUCGUGAACGUUAAGUUCCAUAGUGCAUUUUAUGAACAGACUGACUUAAUUGUCAACCCCGUUCCCAGGGUUCUCUCUUACCCGUCCUUACGGACGGGUAGGAGAGAGAACCUGGGAAAGAGCUUGCUUCAUUGUCAGCUUUUGUCUACCUUUUGAGGCUUUUAGAGCCAUUCGAUCAGAAAGUGAUGUAUGGAGUUUUUGCUUUGCAGUGCUCAAUGCCCCACGUGUGCUGAAUAUGUUCGGCAAGUGCAAAGUAUUGUACCAGGUGCGGCUGCUGUACUGGGAUUUCUGUCCGUUGUAGUGUUCUUUGACUCGAUUUUCGUUUGCAAAAGAAGAGGUAAGUCGUUAUUAUCCCUUGACUGAGAAGCAGGUUAUAAAUUAAGUACCUCUACACAAGCCUUGAAGCGCAGAUAAUCUGUUAGACUUGCCCUACAGACUACAUUGUACGUUUUAAGAAAGUCUGCUCGACAAGCAAUGAUCAAAGCAAAAAGGGCUUUUCGCCGGAGAGUCUAAUUAUCUGUAAAUAUAACUGUUUCGCCUUCAGUCCAGGGAGAAGCCCCCUCCCCCCUUAUGAUUUGCUUCAACUCUCGACUUUUUUGGAAUUCAAUAUGGCGGUUACGCGUGUAAAACAUUCACGCACACAACGCGAAGAAAACACAUGUAAUGGAGGCUAGCACACAGUUUGCAUCUGUGCCCAAAGAAACACCGGCUUGAACGAAAAUUAUUACUAAUGUUUAACCCUUGUUUUGUUUUUGUUUUCCCUCAGCUACGAUGGCGGACGCUGAAACCCAAGUGAACUUUGAUGAAAUCGAAUGUAAUGAAGACAAUUGCUCGAGCGGAAUAGAAACAGCAUCUGCGGGAACGGAGAAACCUGACUUUGAGGACUGCAGACAAGAAGGCGUGGAAAACCUGCCUUCACAACAGAGAACUUUCGAUCACUCAAUCGAGUCAAGAAACUUCUUGACGCCCGAAACCAACACGCGGACGAAUUACGUUGCUUUGAGACUAGCGUCGCCAUUUCUUCCUUCUCCCUUGUUAGAUCGAAGAACAAUAUUAUAGUCGAGGUAAUGCUGUUGACAACGUCUUUCAUUCCACUGUGCUAAGAAUGAGUUACUCUGGUUUCUAAAUGAAAGGAGCUAGCUCGGUAACAAGUUUUUCAAGUUUAAUGUGGUAAGGCAGCUGAGGAGCAGUUCUGAUUAGACAACUUCUGUGGUUAGGUACUGGGAAUUCUUCAAGUUUUAACUGAAUCUUAGUAGCAGGAGAUUCCAAGAUUAUGAAAUAACCGAUAAACAGGAUGUUUGACGUCAAGAGUCUAUAAUUUGAAUGUUUCUGAAUGCGUGGAAAUUAUCAUACAAAGAGGUGUAUUUUUGAUUAUGAAGAUGUUAGGAAUAUGGUCUGAAGAAAAAUAGAAAAGAAAAACAACAACAAAAAAAUACAAAAAUAUCUUUGGUAUCCAGGGAAGAAUCUAAAAAAAUAAGGUAUUUGUGAGAGAACUUAAUGUUUCAAAGCCAGAAGUAUUUAUUAAAGACUUUCUUUGUUAACCCGAAACCCUUACCGUCGGAAUAUACAGAAUUUAAUUUUUUUCCUGUUUUUCGAAGUCGCUGCUCAUUUCUCACUUUCCUGCAAUUGUCAUGAGAAAAUGGAGAAUCUUCUUUGGGACAUGAAUUUUAUUGUUGUAUGAAGAAUAUUUUCUUUUUUCUUUUCCAACAACUACUAAAAUAUAGUAUCUAUACAAGAGCUUUAAAUUUUAAUUAACUUAUCUAUGC